CCCACCGCCUAGGAAAGAUGGCAGGCGUGCAGCCGCCACCCCUCCGCAGCCUGGACGAUUUCCUCCUGGGCUCGGCCCGGUUCGCCGCGCCCGACGUGCGCGACCUGGACCGCUGGAACAACCGCAUCGUGAACAACCUGCUGUACUACCAGAGCAACUACCUGGUGUCGGCGCUGGGCCUCCUGCUGCUGGUGGGGUAUUUCCGGCCCCUCCAGCUGCUGGUGGGGGCGACGGUGGUCACCCUGCUGUUCCUGGGCUUCGUCUGGGUCGCCGAGAACCGAGCUCCCGUUCGCCGCUUCCGCAGAAACCACCCCACGGUCUCCGUCCUCGCCAUCCUCUCGGCCAGCUACCUCUUUGUGUCGGUGCUGGGCGGCGUGGCCGUGUUCCUGUUCGGGAUCGCCUUCCCCGUCCUGAUGGUUCUGGUCCACGCGUCGGUGAGGCUGCGCAGCCUGAAGAACAAGCUGGAGAACAAGCUGGAGAGCAUCGGCCUGAAGAGGACCCCCAUGGGACUCCUGCUGGAGGCCCUGGGACAGGAGCAGGAGGCCGGAUCCUAGGGGGGGGGUGAAGAAGAGAUGUCUGGAAGAGCAGAGGAAGAGAUCCUUACUGCGAAGGAGGUAGGAAGGAACACAUGAACUAACCGGAACAACCUGGGGAGCCGACUGAUGAAGAGGUUGGAAACAAAAGGAUGAAGUCAUCACUGCCGAUGUGCACCUCUGUGUACUGAACACAUUGCAUUUUAGUCUCUUAAAUUGUUGUCUUUAAUCUUUUAUGAUUUCUGCCUUAAAAACUCGCCUUAAUGUGAUCAGCGCCAAUGCUUUUGAAAUAUUGUUACAUGAAUAUUAUUAUAUUAUUUCAGAAGUAUUUUCCUCGACAUCUGAUUCUGUUGUUCCUUUUUUUAAUGUAUAAAAUCUUUAAAUAAUUCAACUUUCUCUCUACACCUGUGAGCAGUAUGACUUGCGAUAUAUAAUAUUAUUUCGUAAUAUUUCUUUCUCCCAUAAUUUUGGACUUUUUUUUCAUAAUUUAACAGCACCUUUUAAAAAAAUAAAAAUUGACUAUAUUUUAUUGUUAUUAAAUCCCGCCCCUCCCCCACCUCUUCCCACUGUGGCCCGAAUACACAGCGGCCUGAUUUCCUCUUCCUCGUGUACUUCCUGCUUCCCGCUUUUUCAUGCCCUCCUCAUUGCAAAUGUUUCGGGAUUAUGUCACAACAAUCACCCAAAAGCAUUUAAAAUAAUCCAAUAGUCCAAUUAAAUAUUUAAACAAAAAGAAAAAAGUUUACAUGCUCAUCAGUCCGUGGUUUAUGAAUACUAACAUGCAAAAUACGGUGAACAUGCUGAACAAUGAGUUUCAGUAUGUUAGCAUUGUCAUUGCGCGCAUGUUAAUGUUCCGACAUUAGCUAGAAUAAAAUGUUGUUGUAGGUCUUCUGCAAACCACGAAUACGUUGAACGUUGAUGUUCCUGACCAACAAAAAUGUGCUUCAUAUUAAUAUUUCGGCAUAUCUGUAUGUCAACGAGACUUCUGAAGCUGCAUUCUUAAUGAAGGCUCAGUAGAAGACCUUUAGUUCUGGUUUUCACUUGAGACAUGAACGCCGGCCUCCUGUGUGACAGCCCCGUGUUCGACCCGCCAGACAGCCCAACAUUUAUUGACAAUGCAGCUUCGUUGAAUGGAAAGGUCAUUUCUCUGCGACCGGGCUGAAAUGCAACCUCACAGCAUUGCGGAAGUCUUUUAAUCUUGUUAUUUAUUGAUGAAUAUUUAUUCAUCAUGAAGAGUGACUGAGGAGUCCACAAUGACCACCAAUAAGCAUCCCAAUGCUUGGUUCCUUGCUUUGUAGACAUGUAGGACAGCUGUAUUUUAUUUAUUCGUUUAACCCCCUAGUGUUGUUUUUAAGCUAAUGCACAUUUAAAAAAGUAUUAUUUAUGAAGGUUUAUGGCUCAUGAUUGUGUAGCCGAGAUGGAAAGCUGUUGUGGGGACGCUGCAUUGUGUUGAACCCAACGUAUGACAUGUUCUAUCCACCGGUAGGCGAUAACUUUUCUCUGCAUUCCUGUAUUCCUUCAGUAUUAUUAUUUGUUUCACAUACAGAUUAUUUUCUGUUUAAUCCAAGUGUUUCUUUUUCUUUCUACCGUAUUACGGGCAAAGCAUUUAUUGAGAUGCAGAGGAUGCCGGCUUUUGCUUUCACGUGUGACUAUUUCAUUAUUAAUCGAAUGAAUCCAAAAAAUGUGUUUUGGUUUUCCUCAUAUGUGCCAUUGAAGUGUUUAUAUUUGUCCUGUAGUUGUAUUUGACUCUGAGCAGAAACUAAUGCUCUCUGGUCUACUUGAAGGAUUUGUAAAUGAGUAGAAUGUAAACGUAAGGAGGUCCGUAACUCGAUUCAUGCAGCUAAUGAUUCUAAAUGUUCCGUCUUGCCUUCCAUUCAGAUAAAUGUUUGAAUUUUCAACCUCCAAUACCAUGUUUUUGACUGUUUUGCCAAAAGCUGAUGAUUACAUGCAUUUCAACCUUCUUUUCUUUCUAAAUAAAACAAGUAUGCCGUA